AGAAGGGAUGGGAAGGCCGGCUGGGUGGCGGAUGCAUGGUGGGAGAAAGAAGACAUCUGAGUUGGGGGAUGCCGGUCAGGGGGCCAGACCACAAUCUCGGGGCUGCCAGCCAGAGUCUGGCUCUGUGCCCAGAGCCUGGUGGUUUCCGCUCACAGAUGUCCCAACAGCCCUGGCAGAAGGGCGGGAGGGCACUCAAGAAGGAGGAUGUCUUGCUCCCCUCAGCCCCAGACCACAGUGCCCUGGAGGUGGUGGCCCCUCGGCUGAGCCGGCCGGGCCCUCCAGGGCCCUAGCUCACAGACUCUCCCUCUCCUGGGCAGGCCCUUGCAGGUGGCAUGGACCCCAUGCACUUCCCUCGCCUAGGAAGGCUGAGGCUGCGGUUUGCAUCAUCCCUGGGCGUGGGGCUGACCUCGAAGAACAGAUUCGAAGAAAACAGGAGGAGGAGCAGACAUGGACCACGCCCAGCGCCCAUUGGCCGCCUUUGGAGAAUUUGGUUUUGGGGUCAUGUUCCCAGAAGGCCUGCCCUCCCCCUUCCCCCUCCCCACCCACCUCACGAGGUGUUGGCCAAUCGCUCCAGCGGGCAUAAAGUGGCGGCUGGCCCACAGGGCUCCCAGGCUGAAGCUGUCACCCCCAGCAGGCACAGGCCAGAGCUCUGGCACCCAGCAUGCAGGUACAGCUCAUAAGGAGGACGCUGCUCGGUCUGGUCCUCGGACUCCUGUUGCUGAGCACGGUGGCCAUGGGUAGCUGCUCCGGCAAGUACCAAGUCCUCCUUGGCCAGCUGCAGCAGCAGGCAAAAAUCAUGCAAAACACCGACAUGCUCCUGGACCCCUAUAUCCGAAUCCAAGGCUUGGACAAGCUCAACCAUAAAGAGUACUGCAAGGAGCGCCCCGGGGCCUUCCCUGGCAAGGACGCCCUGCGGGGGCUCAGCAGGUGGGGCUUCCUGCAGACCCUCAACGCCACCCUGGGCCUUGUCCUGCACAGAUUGGCUGCCUUCCAGCAGAAGGUGUGUAAUCUCACCAAGGACAAGGAUCAGGACUGGAAGACACUGUGCCAAGCAGAGCUCUACAUCCGUGGGAUUAGGAACAACAUCUUCUGCCUGACCCGGCUCCUCAACCUCAAUGGCUCCUCAGAGGUUUUUGCGCCCACUUGGGCAGGCCCAAGGACCUUGCCAUGGCCCACCCCCUCCCCAGGUGCCUUCAACCGCAAGAUAGACGGCUGCAAGUUCCUGCAAGGCUACCAUCGCUUCAUGCACUCGGUGGGGCAGGUCUUGGGCGAGUGGGAGGAGGGUCCAAGCCGGACCCGGAGACACAGCCCCUUCUGGGCUCCGCAGGGGCGGGCUGGCAGGACGAGACCCUCCAGGAGGGCCAAGAGGCCUAUGCCCAGGGGGCUGCUGCCCCCGUAGCCUUUGGGAUGUCCCUCGAAGAUGGAGGAUGCUCUAUGGACGGGAGGAACCAGUGCCAGGUACAGGGUAGGUCUCCCCAGGGUCUCCAAACCUGCUCCCGUUGAUUCUCCGCCACUCAAAAGUGCACUUUAAGGGGUGGUAGCUGAGCAAGCCUCCCUUCUACUUCCUCUGGAUUAAGGGGGAGGGUCAGGCCCUGGGGCCCCCAGCCCCGAGUUCCCGAUGGGGGGGUGGCUGGGUCAGGCCACGUGGUGCCACCUCUCCAUUGAUUCAGGGGUCUGAUGACACAGACUGACUCAUGGCUGGGCUAACCAGCCCCCUACCCUGCUUGGUGGAGGCCUGCGGCCCUUAGCUUCAUGACUUGCAGGCCUGUUGCACCCAGACUUUCUCCUUUCCCUGGUGUCGUAGUUCCGAGUUGUGGUGGGGGGGUCAGGGCCUGAGCCGGCCUCCUAUGCCUCACUGCCAGGCCCAGUCCAGAUACCUGGACAUCUGGAGGACCUCACUUUAGGCAGCUGUAGUGGGGCAGGGUGUCCUAGAAAUGGCACUGAUCUGGGGGUCCAAAGCUCAGCCCCGAACUCUCUGUGUGACCUCGGGCAAGCCACUUUACCUCUCUGGACCUCAGUCUUCUCUUUGUGAAGCAAGGGGGUUGGGCCCCUCUGCCUGUCAGUUACUGGGACUCUGUGUCAUAGAGCGAAUAUCAAAUUAUUUCUGUAAAUCAGAACACAUGGUGCAAAUAGACAUGGGGUGCAGAAUGAAUUAUCUUAGGAAAAGGAGACCUCCUGGCACCCAGAAACGUCCAGUCUUGGGUCCUGGCUGCCAGCUGCUCCCCCUGGUGGCAUUUGGUGGAAUUUCCUCAUGCUGAAACCACUGCCCUGCUGGAGUGGGGGGGCCAGCAGCUGCUGGGGCAGUUCUCCAGAGGGCAUGACUAAUUUAUCGAUUUUUACCAGUUUUUAUCAGUUCUGUAUUUAUAAAGCUUAUUUAUAAUGUGUAUUUAAUGUUAAUAUUGUGCCAACAUAUAUUUAAAACUUGUAUGUAUUUAAAA